AUGUUUGAUACUUUAAUCUACUACGUUAUGAAUGGAGUGAUAAUCAUUUUAUCAAUGAUGGAGAUCUGUUUAGAAGUAUCAAAUAAGGUGGUAUAUAGCUACGACCUAUGGUUACAGUUUUUCAAACAUGAAAUGUACAAGAAUAUCAAUUGA